GGGCGGGGCCUGGCGCGCGGCGGAGAUGGCGGGAAGCCCCGGCCGUGAGGGGUGGCGGGACCCGGCUCCGGCUCUGCCGUGGGCUCUAGCACCGACCCCGGCCUCCACACCCGCUUUGCCUCUGGCCUCGGAGUCUCUCCAAGCCCUGCAGGACCUGACCGGCGAUGGAGGGGUCCGCAAGGAGCAGCUGCGCCCCGGCACCGGGCAGCCCGUGCCGCCGGGCGCCUCUGUGGCAGUGAAGUACUCCGGGUACCUGGGAAAUUGGAAUAAGCUCUUCUGUUCAAAUGGGAACAGCAAGUAUCCAAGGCUGAUGAAACUUGGAAAAGACAUCACACUGUGGGGGCUGGAGAUCGGGCUACUGUCAAUGACCAAAGGCGAGGCUGCACUGUUCGUCCUCGCUCCCGAAUACGCCUACGGUCAGCGGGGCUGUCCUCCCUUCAUCCCCUCAAACACCAUGGUCCUCUUCAAGGUGGAGGUGCUGGACUUCAUCGAUUCAGAGGAGUGCGAUGCCUUCUUUGAGUUGACUUAUGAACAGCAGGAUAAACUUCCUCUAGAAAAGCUGUUGAAAGUGGCAGCCACAGAGAGAGAGUUUGGCAACUACUUCUUCUAUAAGCAGCACUUCAAGAUUGCCAAGGACAGAUACAAGAGGGCGCUCUCCAUCCUGGGUCACAGCUCUUCCAGUAAGGCAGAGCAGAGCCAGAUCAACGCUUCCAAACUGCUGCUGUUCCUGAAUCUCUCACUCACUUACCUGAAACUGGAACGUGCCGACCGAGCUUUGAAAUACGGAGAGUUAGCCUUGGAGAUGGACCAAGGAAAUGCCAAAGCGCUCUUCAGGUGUGGCCAGGCUUGUCUAUACAUGAAGGAGUACAACAAAUCCCGGGAUUUCCUGGCCAGAGCUCAGCGCAUCCAGCCCUUCAGCCGUGAUAUCAACAAUGAGCUGAAGAAGUUGGCAAGAUGCUACAAGGAGUACGUGGAAACGGAGAAAGAAAUGUGCUGCCAGAUGUUUGACCCUCUCAAUUCUUAUGGCUGAGAAGAAAUCAAGGGCCACUGGAGGUGUAUGCUGGUAACCGUGGAUCAUUGAGAGCUGAAAUUCAAUAAACUGUACAGGUGGUGCUGGGGAAAAACUGACUGUGAUACUUUGUCAUCCUAGGACUGUUGCAGCCGUCCAUCUUUUGGCACAUGGAGACCUCAGCAUCACAUACAAGUUUUGGGAAAAGGGACAGGAGCACUGUUUUACUUCAAGAGACUGAAGUGAAGGUUUAGUGUUUAUGCACAACCUGAUUUUCCUGAAGUUUGAUUUGUUUGCUAUGUUUUGAGGCAGUUUCCAGAAUAAUUAAAUCUGUGCUGCUGGAGAGAGGAAUGGGUCUGUGUAAAUCCCUUCUCUUCUCCCAUGCACACUGUUUGAAGGAAAUUCUUUCCUGACAUCCUGCCUCUUGCAGAUAGAUUCCAGGCUGCUUUCAGGGAAUUUGUAAGUAGGAGGAGGACGCCAUGAAGUUUUCUGUUUACACAGGUUGUUCUUAAAAAAAAUAUGUUUGGUUGUUUUGUUCUGGUGAAAUAAACCAACCUGAACACUAAA